AUGAAGCUACUUUUUCCUCCGGGAGUUUCUGGUGCAGCUAGGUCCAGAGUGUGGGACAGUCAGKCUUUUCCUAGGCUACCACCUCAGGAUCAGGAAGUUUCCAGGAUGACACCCUUCAACCCUGAGGUUUCCUCAGACCCAUCUACUGCCACUGCAGCCCACCUGCUUCACAUCUGUACCUUCUUGCUGACCUUGGUCUACGUGGCACAAGGCUCCAGGGGUCYUGUGGUACCCAACCGGCCCUUCAUCACAGUUUGGAAUGCAAACACCCAGUGGUGCCUGGAGACGCAUGGAAUAGAUGUGGAUGUCAGUGUCUUUGAUGUGAUAGCCAACCGGGGGCAGACCUUCCGCGGCCCUAACAUGACCAUUUUCUACAGCACACAACUGGGGACCUACCCCUACUACACACCUACUGGGGAGCCUAUAUUUGGUGGCUUGCCCCAGAAUGCCAGCCUGCAUGCCCACCUGGCCCGCACAUUUCAGGAUAUCCAGGAUGCCAUGCCUGAAUCUGACUUCUCAGGGCUGGCAGUGAUUGACUGGGAGGCAUGGCGCCCACGCUGGGCCUUCAACUGGGAUACUAAGGACAUUUACCGGCAGCGUUCUCGGGCACUGGUAAGGGCACAGCAUCCUGACUGGCCUGAAACUUGGGUGGAGGCAGAAGCCCAGGCCCAGUUCCAGGAAGCUGCACAGGCCUGGAUGGCAGGCACCCUCCAGUUGGGACAGGCACUUCGUCCACGUGGUCUGUGGGGCUUCUAUGGCUUCCCUGACUGCUACAACUAUGACUUUCUAAGGUCCAACUACACAGGCGAAUGCUCACCAGGCAUCUGUGCCCAGAAUGAUCAGCUAGGGUGGCUGUGGAACCAGAGCCGUGCCCUCUAUCCCAGUAUCUACCUGCCUGCAGUGUUGGCGGGCACAGGGAAAGCACAGAUGUAUGUACGUCACCGUGUGAGUGAGGCAUUUCGUGUGACUAUGGCUGCCAGGGACCCCAGUCUGCCAGUGCUGCCCUACACCCAGAUCUUCUAUGACAUGACAAACCGACUUCUGCCCCUGGAGGAGUUGGAGUAUACCCUGGGAGAGAGUGCAGCCCAGGGGGCAGCAGGAGUGGUGCUCUGGGUGAGCUGGGAAAACACAAGCACCAAGGAAUCAUGUCAGGCCAUCAAGGAAUAUAUGGAUACUACCCUGGGGCCCUUCAUCCUGAAUGUGACCAGUGGAGCUCUUCUUUGCAGUGAAGCCCUGUGCUCUGGCCAUGGCCGUUGUGCCCGUCGCUCCAACCACCCUGAAGCUCUCCUUAUCCUCAACCCUGACAGUUUCUCCAUCCAGCUUAUGCCUGGUGGCAGGUCCUUGACCCUGAAGGGUGCUCUCUCACUUGAGGAUCAGGCACAAAUGGCUAUGGAGUUCAAAUGUCACUGCUAUCAUGGCUGGCGUGGAGAGUGGUGUGAGCAGCAGGGCAUGUGAUGACUGGUCACAUCCAGUUGCACACAUUGAGCACCUAAUGCACUCUGCAAGUGGUCUAGGCUUCCGCAUACACACAGGCACAAUCACAGGAGUCAUGGUUAUAGUCAGGAGUACACUGAGUCACCAUCAUGGGCAUAUGGCCUGCUCAUGCACACUCAAAGCCAGAUAGUCACAUAAGGAGUUAGAAACCAGGGGCAGACAUCAUCCACUCCAUGUCCACAAGUGUCUACUUAGAAAGGUAACAGCUCCAGAGACACUAAUCCAAGUCUUUAAAUUCAUCCAGUGCCUGCUUUGGGCCAAACCAUGUGCUAAGCAUGUUAAGGAGGUUAACUCAUUCUCUAAAAUGAGGCUAUGAGAAAGUGAGGCACCCACAGGAUGCCUUUUUGCCCAAGGUUGCACAGCAAGAAAAAGAGAGAUGCUGAGCCAGGCACGCCUGUAAUCCCAGCAAUUUGGGAAACUGA